GGAAAAUAACAGGGAUAGAUCUGCACCCCAUAGAUCCACAAACACUAAAGGCAAAACCCAACAGAGGACAGAGCUCCAGUGUGUAGUGUUUGUGUGUCUCAGCCUGUGUCAAACACCUUAACCCCCCCCCACCACUCCUCCUCCUCCUCCUCCCUCUCCUCUCUCCUCCUUUGACUUCCCCAGCUGCCAUCCAUGAGUGGAACUAACUCCUCUGCCUAUCGAUCGGAGCGUAGUUUCCACCAGACGUCUUCCUCGUCCACAUCCUCUGGGAGCCCAUACAUGGAGAAGAACCGGGGACUGUUCACCGAGGACUUUGGCUCCUUCAUGAGGCCUGGGACCGACGCCCUGGGCUUUUCCAGUGGAGCUGGAAAUAUCAAGGCCCUCGGUGAUUCCUACCAGUUCACCGUGGAUGUCAGAGACUUCUCCCCUGAAGACGUCAUUGUCACCACAUCCAACAAUCAGAUUGAAGUUCGUGCAGAAAAGCUGGCUCAAGAUGGUUCGGUGAUGAACACAUUCACUCACAAAUGCCAACUACCGGAGGAUGUGGACCCCACCUCUGUGACGUCAUCCCUGGGGGCAGAGGGGACCUUAACGGUCCGGGCACGUCGCCACCCAGCCAAACAUGAGCACAUACAGACCUUCCGCACAGAGAUUAAGAUCUAGUGGGACGCUGGUUUUGUCAUCCUAAUCCUUCCCCUGUGGUUUUUCAUUUCUCUGUCCUGUAUUUCCUGUCUUCAGUGUCAUCCUUCCAUACUCAGAGUUGGCUCUGUGAACUAUGAAACACACCACAACCCCCCUGUACAACUGCAACAACAUGCCGCUAUGCUAAUUUACAUUUGGAGUUCACAUACAUACAGACAGACAUACAGACAGACAGACAGACAGACAGACAGACAGACAUAUGCAUAGACAUACAGUCCCUGUUCCCCUAUUUCACUCAUGUCUACUAACAUCUAACAUCUUUCUAAACUUAAAACCCACUUUGACAUGGAUGAUUUCCCAUUAAUAAUAAUUUAUUGUAUAUUAUUGUUUGUGUGAAUAAACUUUUCUUUCUUUGACAA